UAUUACAAUAUAACAUAACCUCUCAAUCGAGAGUGCCACGGUAUUUUUGACACGUCGUAUGAUGAAUUUAAAUUGACUGAAUUGAUCAGGAAUGCAAAUAUAAUUGAUCGAUGUCCUGCGAUUGAAGGAUCACUACUGAUAAUUUGAGGAUGCUGCAUAAUACGGUGACUCUAUCGCCCCAGGACAUCCUGACCGAGGUUAGAAAAUUUAUCUCCGGCGCCGUGUCCAGGUCUUCCCACAGCGCAAACACGCAAGACGUGACGCGUACGGCCUUGUUUCUGCUGAAAAAUGUGCCCGCGGCAAGGGACGCCGUCCUCGAGUACUUUUGCAGCGUAUUUUUCACCGCGGUGUCGAAAUACGUUCGUCAGAUCGAGACAAAUCAAAAUAUACCGAUACCCGAGGAGGGUAUCAUAGUGGAGAUUCACGCCGUUCUCAGCAGCUUCAUAAAUGGGAACCCAGAAGCUUGGGCACCUAUCAUAUCAGCCUGGUCGUUGGACUUACUCGGCAAAGUAUCCUCCGAUUACUCGAAACGUCGCAAUUUGCCUGUCGACGCUGGCAUCAAUGACUUUCUGCAGCAGUGGAUGUCUUGUCGGGCGACACGAACUCUGAUAGACAUUACGGCGCAAUGUUUGCAAUGCCUCAUGCAUUCCGACACAGAGUCUUGCAUCAAAGCAUUGUUAGACACCAGCGUUCUGCACAGUCCCUAUUUUGAUUGGGUGGUCGCUCAUGUGGGAAGCUGUUUUCCAAAUACUGUGAUUACUAGGGUGCUAUCGUGUGGAUUGAAGGACUUUUGUGCCAUGGGCUACGAGCAUAACGUUAAGAACCCAAAGUUAAAUUCCGUUGUUGGCAUAUUGGGACACUUGGCGGGUAGUCAUUUUCAAGAUAUUAGAAAAGCACUGUUGGAUUUGUUCCAGUGGAGUUUGGAUGAGGAUGUGAAUCUUGAUGAGGAUAUUAAGAAGCAGAAAUUGGCCACAGUGCCUUUCCUUUUGAAUCUAGCCUCGCUUUCGCAGACUCUUUUGAAAGCGAUGACCAACAAUGUGUUACAAACAUUGCGACCCGACAUCAUACCGCGUCUGGCAUUGUUCGCGGCAGAUUGGUGUAAAUACUUUGACAAUCAAUCAGCAGCAUUGAUAGACCUGACUGUGCACUUGAUAUUGGGAUGCGAGCAGGGCGCAUCGCAAAUAAUCAAUAUAUUGCUAGACACGAGUUUGAACACGAGCAAUGUCGGCUAUCACAGCGUUAACGCGGCGCAAAACGUGAAGAACGUUUGUCGGGAGAUUCUGGAGCUGAUUUUACAAGAAAUUGAUCUCUUGCUGAGACGCACGGCGCAGUCCGCCAAUAUCGCUCUUCUGAGUUCUAUCAAACAGGAGAUAUCGUUGAUUGUGCCAAUGUUAUUGAAUUCCAACCCGCUGCGGGUGCAAACGGCUGUUAGACUGUUGUGCUUCCUGAGGAGCCAGAAUCCAAACAUAGUCGUUUUUAUGGCGUCUCAUAUGCUGGUGAAGGCGCCAACAACGUUUCAUCUCGCAGCCCUGAUACGUCUCAUCACCAACAACAUUGUUCUGUUUCCUGCGAACAAAUCUGGAACCGAAAACAUUCUUGCUGGUCACGAUUAUCUUACACAGAUCUUAGAGCAGGCGCUUAGAGAGAUAUACUAUAAAAAUGUCAUAAAUGAGGAGGACUCGAGACAGUUGUUUAAAAAUCUCACUAUAAUGUUGAAGUGGGAGAAAUCGAAUAAAGCGGCGAUAUUACAAUCGAGGAUGAUUACUAGAGCUCUUAGAUCUAAUUUGUAUCAAAUAUCUUCCCUGUUGAUGAGAACCGACAACUUUGAUUUGGCAAACGACAUCGUUAGCCUGUUAGAUCUAUUGAGCACGUCCGAAAAGGAUUAUAUUUUCAAUGUGGAACUCGUGCUGAAAUUGACGAGAGCAGUCAUACAAUAUUUCUUCUUGUCCAUUGCACAAACAAAUAUCAUAAAGAAGGAACAAGGAGUGAAGAUGGUUUGCCACUUAUUGAAGGAUCUGACGUGUUAUUCUCCUUGCGCGCGUGUGUUGGCACUCAGAGAGAUUUUAGAGAAUAGUAUCGAUAACGAGCAGGCAAAGUACUUUGGUGCAAAGGAGAAAUUUGAGCCUCGUUUCGAGGAGACGUCAUUGUUGCAUCAGAAUCAUAAACAAGUGACGAGCACCAUGUUAGCACAGCGACAUUCAUCGGUAUUUCACGCCGGCGUAAUAGGACAUGGUCCGCGAAAAUUACCGCCGGAGAAUUCGAUUAAUAGGGAAACUAUAGCCUUAAACAAAAUGUUGUUAAUAGACGUUAUAAAGGCUUGUUGCAGCAACCAGGAGUCAGAUCGAUACCCCGUCAACUUGGACGCUCUGACGAUGGUCAGUUUGUUGCUGGUCGAAUUGGUGUCCCCCGACGUUAUGUACAAUGGUCUUCCAUGGCCCGACGAAGAGUUUACAAAAGUGACGAUAGAGAGGGAUUUGCAAAUCCGUCGCAAAUUUAAGGAGGUACCUUUACUAUGGACGUUGCUAGAAUUGACCGCCUGGUACAGACCAGCGUUGGCUUAUUGUUCCGUUUUACUGAGAGGCAUCACUGCAACCGUGAUGGCUAAUUGGAAUACGGAGGAAGGCGUCUCGCUCGUCACUAUAAUGGCACUCGGUCAAUUAUUACCGCCUCCAUUGGCGAGUAUUAGGGAUAUUCUACCUGUUUUACAGCCACACCAGAUAAAUACGAUAAUGAGGGAGUGCUUGUGGGCGUACAUGCGCGAAAAUGUGCCGUCUCCGGCGUUAUUCACGCGGAGCGAAGGUGCCAAUAUAGCUUGGAGGGACAUCGACACAUCAUCGCCCAAUGCACGCUUUACAGACACUCUUCGCCUAGUACUGCUGGCAAAUAUUCAUACUUUGGGACCUCUGUAUUCGACAUUAUUUUAUAAUGAAAAUAAGUAAUAUGCAGAGAGAGAGAGAAAGAGAGAGUACAUCUCUGACGAGAUCUAAAUCGAUUUUAAUUAAUGUGUAAUUACAUAAGGCUUGUAAAUACUCUCUUGAUAAAAAUAACACUGUAAUUUGAAAUUGUAUUGUCAUACAUAUACACACAUUUACAUAUAUGU